AUGCAGUUCAAGAACCUCAUCGUCCUCGCUGGCCUCGCCGCCGCCGCCCCCAACCCCGAUGUUGUUACCUUCAAGGGCACUGUUCUUCGUUCUGCCAGCCCUAUUCACCACCAGCCUGUUCAGGCCUCCAUGAACGGCCUUGCUGUCAAGCUCGACAACCAAGGCGCCAGCUGUGACCGCGGCGCCAAGGAGAACGACGCCACCUUCACACUCAACAAGAAGACCGGCGAACUCCUCCUCUACUCUCGCUCCAACCCUCGUCAACAGCUGUACACUGACCGAAGCGGUAUGGGCCAGGGUUUCCUGGGAUACCGAACUGGUGCUCAGCCUCUCUGCACCCGUUGUGAGCAGAACAAGUGGGCUAUCAACAAGGACGGCCUCCUCCAGUACGAUGGCGUCAACUACCGCGCCUGCCCUCAGGAGGACGGUUCUUACACCCUUUGGGUCAGCAACGUCUACAACCCCGGUGGUAACAAGGACUGUGUUGCCGCCUCCAUCGUCACCUCCAAGGUCGACGAGCCCGUCGGCUGCCUCUACUCCCAGCAGGGCCAGUAA